UUAUUGUUAUUGCUAUUAUUGUUACUUUUUCUUGGGCGCCGAGAAGUGUUUCUGGUACUUUUAGCUGCUGCUGUUGCUGCUAGAGUCCUUUGGAUCUUACUGUCCUGAAUCAUAUCUCUCAAACUAUGGCUUUCCUGUUUGUAGAUAUAUAAUUAGUUAUAAGUUUUGUAACUAAUUUCAAAAAUCUUUCGCAUUUUCUCUGACUCCAUUCGCAUCUUUAAAUUUUUUUCCUUUCUUUUUCUGGGUUUUCCUGGAAAAUAUAUGUGUAUAUAGAACCCUUUUUCCUUCUUGUCUUGGUAUUGCAUUUUGUGAAAGAGGUUCUUUGGUUUCUGUCUUGUUUGGCUUUUUAUUAAACUUAAUACUCUUUGUUCAACUGGAAUUUUCUCUUUCUACAUAAGCUGCUUUUUUGGUUGGUAUAGAUUGGUCAAAUGAAGGAUUUUAGUAUACCAAAUGUUUUUCUUCUUCUUCUUCUCCUCUUGGGUUUUUGCAGUAGCUUGUUUGUUAUGCACUGUAAUGGUCAAGAAGAAGCUUUAUCAGUAGCACCAAUGGAGGAAAAAGAGAAAGAGGCUCUUUACUUAGCCAUUCAAGGGUUUGUGGGAAAAUGGUGGAAUGGUUCAGAUCUCUACCCAGAUCCUUGUGGAUGGACUCCCUUACAGGGAGUUUUCUGUGAUCUCCACGAAGGUUUAUGGUAUAUUAGCGAUAUAAACAUUGGACCAGUUUAUGACAACUCUCUCAUUUGCUCCCCAAAUGCAGCAUUUUCACACCAUUUAUUCAAUCUCAACCGCUUGAAAUCACUCUCUAUCUUCAAUUGCUUCACCAACCCAAACCAAAACCCAGUUACAAUCUCCACUCUGAACUGGACCAAAUUCACAAACACCUUAGAAUCCUUAGAAUUUAGAUCAAACCCAGGUCUCAUUGGAACAAUUCCAACCACCAUAGGUUCUCUCAGAGAGCUCCAAUCUCUGGUGCUUCUUGAAAAUGGAUUAUCAGGGAAAUUACCAUUGGAGAUAGGGAAUUUAGCCAACUUGAAGAAACUUGUCCUUUCAGGAAACCAAUUGGUGGGUCAGGUUCCUGAAAGUUUUGGGUCUUUAACCCAGCUUUUAAUAUUUGAUUCAAGCAGGAAUAAACUAUCGGGUCCGUUGCCUUGGACAAUUGGAGGCUUAGUUUCACUACUAAAGCUUGAUUUAAGCUCCAAUGUGUUAGAGGGCAAUAUACCAGAAGAUAUUGGAAAGCUCAAGAAUCUGACACUUUUAGACCUCGGGAACAACAAAUUGUCGGGCGGGUUAGCUCAGAAAAUUCAAGAAAUGGUUUCCUUGAAGGAAUUGGUGAUGUCCAACAACUUAAUUGGCGGUGACUUGGACAGGAUUCAGUGGGCAAAUAUGAGGAAUUUGGAAAUAUUGGAUCUUUCUAACACAGCUUUGGAAGGAAAAAUUCCAAAAUCUAUUAUGGAAUUGAAGGGGAUAAGAUAUUUGGGGCUUGACAAUAAUAAUCUAUCAGGAAAUAUACCCACAAAUUUGGAAUCUAUGUCUAAUAUCAGAACAAUUUACAUUAAUGGAAACAAUUUAACAGGAGAGCUUGGAUUCUCAGAAGGGUUUUAUAGGAAAUUUGGUAGACGUUUUGGAGCUUGGAAUAACCCAAACCUUUGUUUCCGAGAAGAUUUGGUAUCUGCAAGUUUUGUACCAUUUGGUGUAAAACCAUGCAAGCAAGAACAUGGUGUUUUUAGUAAUGGAGAUUCAAAUGCCAAGAUAAGUAGCAGUGAAAGGAAUUGGAAUGGCGACUCUCAAGUUGUGAAUUCUUUGGGAUUUGCAAGCUAUGGGUUUGAUUUUUGGGAUGUUUUUGGUGUACAAGGGACUUUUGUUUUUCUUCUUUGGAACUUAUUGUUUUAGAUAUGAUUAAAGUGUAGCUGAUCAAAGUAUCAAUCAGAGAUGCAAAUU